AUGCAAGGAUUGGAAGUGCGAGACCGCUGGGACAUCCGGGUCUCGGUGCAGGGCGGAGAUUGGGCUCCGUCACUGAUCGGCUUUAAUGUGCUUCGGGGGCGGCGUGUCACCCGAGGGCUGGCGCUCACGGGGGGCAACGGCUGCGAGGAUCUGUCUGAGCUGGUCGCCAAGCUGAUCAAAACGGUUGUCAACCUUCUGGGAAAGGCCCUCAUGUCUGUUCUCAAGGCUGCACAUUUUGGCUUCGAGGAUGUCGAGCCUUCCUGCGUUGGGCGCAGCCUCAACGUUGGUUUUGGAGGCAACGCUGACCUCGCUGACCGGAAUUCGCUUGUUGUUGGUGGCCUUUUCAGGCUCAGCGGCACGAUUUUUCGGGCCUCGGGAUGGCUUUGGUGGGGGAUUGGGCUCAUCGGGAAACAGGAUAAUGGAGUGAGGGACGCCACUGACACUGACUUGGAACUGUGUGAUCUUGGGGACAUCGCUGAACCCAAGCUGCCAUGUGAGAACUCCGGCUCUGCGAAAAGACCUGAUGGGGAUGGGCGGGGACUUUGUGGCAAGCGCAGUGGCACGGAUAAGCUCAGCGUGAUCAAUGCCAAAGGGAAACCCUUGGGCAAGCACAAACGCCCUGGGAAUCACAGAGAUGUUCUCACUGGUGUAUCUCGAAUCACCCUGCAGGAUCGUGGUUCGAGCUUCGCUGAUGGUGGAAUUGGUUGCUCGGAUGCAAAUCCCUCGCUUUGUGACCUGGAGACCGAGGAAUCCUUUCACUGUGAGGCCAAGGGUUCGGGCCUCGGCUUUGCCGGCUGGGGAGAUGGGCCAAUACCUCGGUAUGAUGGACACAUCCUUAAGCUGUUCACCUUGGUGCUGGUAGUCUCUGAUGAACAAUUCGCCGGAACCGGACAGCAUGAGCAACUUGGAUCGGUCGUCGGUCUUAAUCCUGACAAGCGCCUGGUAGACGCUGGCAUUGUCUUGGCCGUGCAACUUUCGGAAAGCAUACAACGGGAUUCCCUGACCAACCUGGGAGUAUUGCUCAAUCAUGUCACGGAAUUGGGCGAGUGGGCCGGGUCGCUGUCCACGAAAAAGCUCACAUGUGUUCUUGUGGGCAAGCCUCUCAUCAACCUCAAGGACGAGUUCAGAGUGAGGGAGGAGAGUGAGGGCGAUGGGGGAUUGCGGCUUUGGCUUUGCGACCUCAACCGGAUUCCUCAGUAUCACGACAAGCACCAGGCGCUUGUAUGCAAUUGCUGCGGCUUCAUCCUGCACUAG